UUUUAUUUAGCAUUUCCUUUGUCCAUUCCUCUGAUAAUUCUGUUGAACUUCUUGUUUUGGCUACAUUUCAUCAAGUAUUUCUUCUUUCUGUUAAGAGACGAAGUGCUGCUGUUGGUCAAUUGAAAUUGCAUGGCACUGUCUCACGCCCGGGCAUUUUCUCUUCGACUUUGUAUUGCUCGUGAUAACGAGGCAAGACUUUAUCAAGUCCGUCAACGUGUAGGAGGCGAUUUGCUUUUCCCAAUUUUGCAAAUUUUAAAGUUUUCUACUCCUUUGAUUAAUUUAAAAUGGAUUGAUGAUUGGUCUUUAGUUGCAAUAUGUACUACAGAAAAUAAUAUAGAACAACUUCAACUUGUAGAUAUACCUCAAUUUUCUGCUGGUGAAAGGAAAAACUUGCAAAAUCAAAAAUCAACUAUCCCAACCUUCUCUGUCAACCCUUUUGUCGUUUUGGUCAUAUCAGAAAGUGUCAAAUUGGUCUACAAUAGUGUUGACUUCAAAGGACUAGCAACUGGGUGUAAUGUUAGCAAGGCCAUGUUGGCUGUGGCUGAUUCUAUUUGUUAUCACACUUUUAUUAGACAUCCUGAGGAUAACCAUCUUUACCUUUUGGGUGCUGAUGCCCUUUUUCGUGUACAAUUAAUUGAACUGAAUGAACAGCUUGAUUUCUUAAUUGAGCGUUCUGAUUUUUGUUCUGCUUUAAUGUUUGUUGUUGAUAUUUGUUGUGGCAAAUUAGCUGAUCGAAAUACUACAACAAUUGCGGCUGCUAAUUUUCGUGCAAAUGCAUUCCGUAGAAUUCCAGAAUUGGUUUCUCAAUUACUUGAACAAACAAUGGAUGGAAUUGAUUCUGGACAUAUUGAUGAAUUAAUUGUUUAUUAUAAGCAAAACUUUCAUGUAUUAAUUCGUGCAUGUGUUUUAACAAGUCAUUUCAAUUUACUAUAUGAAACUAUUUAUUCUCGUGUACAAAAAGAUACUUUAUGCCGUUCUACUUUUCUUGAAAUGCUUGAAGAAUUUGUUUUAGAAAAUGUUUUAUUUCAACCUCCUCCAUCUUUAGUUAAUGAUUAUUUAAAUUAUUUACUUUGUGAAGGACAAAUACCUCAAUUUGAGCAAAGCGUUAUUCGACUUCCUGUUGAGUCUAUGGAUUUACAUCAAGAACAAUUUGAACUUCUUAGUCGUUUUGUACAUAAACAAGUUCUUUCAGACCACGAGAUUGUUCAAGGCAACAAACUUUUGCUGUAUUUAAGUUGUUGUUUAGUUGGCCGUGCUUACCCUCAUGGAGAUCUACCUGAUGAAAAUUUAGCUUUAACAGUGCCUUUAGAAACUUACAAAUUUAUUGUACAACUUCGAUCAUCUUUUUCUACCUCAAGUCGGUCUUCUCCACAAAAUAUUUCUCCAAAAUUUAAUGAAUUACAAAGCUUUCCACAUUUAAAUAUUUUAUUAAAAUUCGAUGCUUUACAAUUUUUUAAUGUUAUUAGUACUUGUGCUGAUGCUCCUGUAUUUGCUAAAUGUGAAGGACGACUUAAACGUUUGGUUGAUAUGCUUAUUUCUAAAUGCGUGGAAGAAGACGAUGAGGAGAAUGAAGAUAUAGAUUUAAUAAAUGAGCUUGGUCCUCUACUUAUUACUUUUAUUAAUGGAUUAUUACAGAAGGGUGCUAUCCCAAAGGAUGUUUAUUUGUUUACAAAGUUAAUUGAACGUGUUUUUAUACGCCGUGCAUUUACAAGUCUUCGUAUUCAAAAAGUUGCCGAACAAAGUGCUGUAGAAUUAUUAAGACUUGUCCCAGAAAUUGACUUGGAUAAAAUAUUGGAAAUAGCUCAACCUUUUUCUUCAAUUAAAAAUCUUUUACGUCAAGUACUUUUCUCAAUGGAAUUAUGUAUUUUUAUGAGAAGGGCAACUAGAGAUUGUGUUGUGAACGAAUUAAUGCAAAAAUGGUCUAAGCUAGCUUUAAAAAGACACGCAAUGCAUUUGGAGUGUAUAGAUGAAAAUCGAAAGAGUUGUUCGUGUAAAAUAGAAAAGAAUAUUGGAAAUGAUGAUUCCUCUUCUGAUUCCUCUUCCGAUACCACACCCCCACUUGAAAGGCUAAGAAGAAGGGAAGUGAAUUCAAUACCUACAAUUACAAAUGAAGAAAGAGAACUGGAGAAAGCCUUUCCCCUGUGUACAUCACCGAGACCUACUAUUUCUUGCCAUUUAUUAAAACAAUCACAGAAUAUUGCAAAACAUGGCUCAACCUCUUCAUUUCCUCCAACUUGACUUUUGUUUAAAAAUA